AUGACAUCAGUGAAAAGACUGCAGCCUUUUUCCGGAGAGCCGCUCGACUGGAGUCGGUUCAAGCAAUCGUUUGAAUUAGCGACUAGUUUAGGAAAUUAUUCAGAUAAAGAGAAUGUGUUGCGAUUGUCAGAAGACAAAUUGCCAAAAUUAGAUCUACCGACCUUUGCGGGUCGUUAUGAGGAUUGGGAAAAUUUCUGUGAUCUCUUCACCACGUUGGUGCAUAACGCUCCACGUUUGGCAGACGCUACAAAACUACAAUAUUUGAAAAGUUGUUUGAGAGGUACAGCCGCGGACCUCGUGAAAGACGUGACUACUACUAAUGCAAACUAUGUAACGACGUGGCAGGCGUUGAAGGCUCGCUUUCACAACCCGAGGUUGAUCGUUUACAAUCAUUUGCGGGCUUUAACGGACAUUCCGCACGUGAAAAGGGAGUCGGCGUCCGAGAUGUGUGCCCUCGCGGAUGAAUCCCAACAAAAACGUCGCGUUAAUGUUUCGUUGACUGGACUCGGAGCCAGCUCUGCGGGUACCGCAAGGGCUUCUACGCGCCUCGUGGUGCAGUCGUUGAUUGACCCGGAGGUCAAGUUUGAGACGGAUGCCCUCAUCGUGAAGAAGGUGACGUCGCAGCUUCCAGCACGCCAGCUUUUGGAAGUUGAUCUGGACGUGUUCCACGGUCUACCGUUGGCGGAUCCACAAUUUUACGUGCCUGACUCCGUUGAUGUCAUUCUGGGGGCGGAUAUCUACGGACGGCUACUACGAGCAGGAGUGAAAACCUUUCCCACAUCGGACUUGGUGGCACAGGACACUGCCCUUGGGUGGAUCCUCUCUGGCUCACUGUCGGAGGAAGGCUCACGGCGGGCGGCAACCCAGGAGCAGGAUACACUUCAGGCGCAUCACUAUGCCGCAAGUGAGGAGUUAGAGGCAUCGUUGCAGCGUUUUUGGACCGUCGAGGAAUUGCCGGCGUUAAACGCGUCAUCCGAUCCCCAGGCCGAUAUAAGGGACAUGUUCUUGAAAAUCAAAAUCCGUGAAGAAGAUCAGGAUGUGCAACGUUUCUUGUGGCGCGGUGCAGACCGAACAAAGCCACCGGAGGAGUAUGUUUUCACAUCGGUGUUAUUCGGUGCAAAAUCAUCACCAUGCACCGCGAUUUUUAUUAAGAAUAAGAACGCGUCUCAAUUUCUGUCAAAAUAUCCCGUAACCGCGAAUAGUAUCAUUGAAAAUUGUUACAUGGACGAUUACUUGCAUAGUUGCAGAACGGUUGAAGAAGCCGCGAAAUGCGUAAGUGAAGCGAUAGAAAUCAACAAACUUGCCAAUUGGGAGACGCAUAGCUGGGCUAGCAAUCAUGCUGAAAUUCUAAACGAGUUGUGUGGGGGAGAUUCUACGAGCAAUUUAAUAAAGACCGUUGAUAGCCAAAAUAAUGAUGAGAAAGUGUUGGGAUUAAAGUGGCUCAACGCGACCGAUGAACUCGCGUUCCGGUUCAAUCGAGACAAAAUAUCAGAGGAUUUUUAUAACGGUGCGAAGAGGCCGACGAAGCGGGAAUUUCUGGGCAUAAUUAUGUCGAUCUUUGAUCCCCUGGGAUUUCUUAUACCCUUUACCGUGCAAUCUAGGGUUUUAAUGCAAAGAAUCUGGGUUAGCGGAAUCGGUUGGGAUGAGCCUCUUCACGAUGACGAGUUUGCUACUUGGCAACAUUGGUUGAAGGGUCUAGACAGCGUGAAAAAUUGUAAAAUAGAUCGUUGCUACCAACUAAAGAAUCAACAAACAACCUUCGCGGAAUUGCACAUUUUUUGCGACGCCAGCACGAAAGCAUACGCAGCAGUAGCCUACUGGCGUCUUGCGUUGAGCGACGAUAAAUUUCACGUAUCAAUAAUAGCAGCCAAAGCUAGGGUAGCCCCGUUAAAAGUCGUAUCGAUCCCGCGUUUAGAGUUGCAGGCCGCACUACUCGGAGUAAGGUUGGCAAAAACAAUCUCAGACGAACACGAUUUCAAAAUUUCUAAGCGAGCCUUUUGGUCGGACUCGAAGACGGUGUUAAGUUGGAUAAGGAAAGAUCCUCGGGAUUUCAAAGUUUUUGUUGCUAACAGAUUAGGGGAGAUUCGUGAGAAUUCGAAAGUCGAUGAAUGGAAGUACAUCAAUACAAAGGAGAAUCCUGCCGAUGAUGGCACUAGGUCAGUGACAAAUGCGUUACAACAGGGCAGCAGGUGGUUACAGGGUCCAUCUUUUUUGCGCGAACCAGAAAAUCGGUGGCCGGAAGAGAGAUCGCAAGUUAAGUGUAGCGAAGACUUAGCUGAAUGUUUGAGAUCAGAAACUCGAGUAGUUUGUACAGUAGAGAGAGGGAAUUGGUUAGUUGAGUUUUCGCGAUUCUCCACGUAUGAGAGGCUAAUGAAAGCGGUCAUGUGCGUGAUAAAGGUAAAAGACAUAUUCAAGAAAGUAAAGAGUCGUUCUUCGAUAAAAAUAAAACUAGAAGCCGAAAAGGUUUGUGUUAGAGUAAGUCAGUCGAUUUCGUUUCACGAUGAAAUAAACGCCAUCAAAAGGUCGAAAACCAUGCCGAAAAAUAGUAAAAUAUUGCCGUUGAACGCGUUUUUAGAUGGUGAUAAUAUUUUACGCGUUGAGGGGCGUCUCAGGCACUUCGAUUCCGAUGAACUAGACACGCAACCGAUAAUUUUAGACGCGAAAGAAACGUUUACUCAACUCGUAAUAAAAUAUCAUCAUGAGAAAUUUUAUCACGGAAGCCAUGAGGCGGUCAUUAAUGAAUUGAGGCAAAGAUUUUGGAUUGUCGGACUCCGACAAGGUUUGAAAAGCUUGGUGUCGAAAUGUAGUAUAUGCAGAAUGCGCCGUGCGCGACCGGCAAACCCGAAAAUGGCAGAUCUGCCACCUGCUAGAUUAGCGUUCAGACUCCGCCCUUUUAGUCAUUGUGGAGUAGAUUAUUUCGGGCCGAUGCAAGUAAAAAUAGGACGAAGACGAGAAAAAAGAUGGGGAGUACUAUUCACCUGCUUAACAACGCGUGCAGUUUUCAUAGAGCUAGCACACAGCUUAAGUACUGAUUCUGCUAUCAUGGCGUUUCGACGGUUUACCUCGCGAAGAGGCACUCCAGUAUGUGUAUACUCAGAUAAUGGCACUAACUUUAAGGGAAUGGACAAAGAACUGCAGCAGGCGUUAAAAGACAUUAACCGCUCAGAAAUCGACAGUUUUGCCGUAGAGAAUAAUAUUGAUUGGAAGUUUAAUCCACCAACGGCUUCGCAUAUGGGGGGAGCGUGGGAAAGGCUAAUACGUUCUGUGAAAAUAGCAUUGGCGAUAGUUUUAAAAGAGCAAGCUCCAAAAGAGGAGGUCAUGUUAACUUUGUUAGCUGAGAUAGAACACAGCGUAAAUUCUCGUCCCCUUACGCACGUGUCUGUGGACCCGCGUGAUGCGGAAGCGUUGACACCGAAUCAUUUUUUGUUCGGCUCAUCGUCGGGUCAGAUUAAAAUAAGUAGAUGCGAUGCUCAGUCGGAAUGUACUCGGCAGCAAUGGCGAGUUGCGCAAUAUUUCGCGGACGCGUUCUGGAAAAGAUGGUUGCGGGAGUAUUUACCAACUUUGCUCCCGAGGAAAAAGUGGAGAGAAACAGAGAUGCCAAUGAAAGUUGGGGACAUCGUUUUGAUUCUGGACAAUAACGUCGAAAGGAAUCAGUGGCGAAAGGGCGUAAUAGUAAAGGUUUUCUCCGGCACGGACGGACAAGUUCGAGUGGCCGAAGUGAGAACGGCAAACGGGAUUUUUAAGAGACCUACUCGAAAAUUGGUGAAAUUUGCAGAGGUACAAACGCCGUAG